UACAACAGAUUGACCAACGGUGAGGUGCUGAAGAUCGACAACACGCUGACGGCCAUGGGAUAUGAGAACAACGUUGAUUUGAAAAAUAAAAUGGGAUGGAUGAUCGACGAGAUGGGUAAAGUAUCAGCAUUGGCUCAARAGUUAAAGUCACCGAUCACCAGCGCAGAAAUUCUCAUCAAUUCCGAUGACGUCCUUUACAUGAUGAUCGAACACAAUACUUCAACGAAUUUUGUCGUUGUUGGGAUUUUAAAGAUGGGAUGGAAAAAAUUGUGUCUUUACAACAAAGCUGUAGGAUCAUGUAAAGAAACCAUGGUUUACUGUUUGAUGGAUUUCUUCGUUCAUGAAUCUAGACAGCAUAAAGGUUAUGGAAAAUAUCUGAUCGAUUACAUGUUACAGGAUAUGCAUUUACAGGCUAAAAAUUUGGCUAUAGAAAAUCCGACAAAAAACUUAUUGCAGUUUAUGUGGAGACAUUUUCAAUUGUAUAAACUAGUAAACCAGGGAAACUAUUUCAUAGUCUAUGAGGAUUUUUUCGAUGACGCRUUCAACGAAAGGAGCCUUAACGAUAGCAGAAAUGGAAUAUCAUCAUCACCGUGUACGUGUCAAUCAAUGUCUGGACGAUCCGAAACACAAAAACAUCACGAAGUGAUUGUAGAAGGCAAUCCUUCAUUUUUGGAGUUGAAUAAUCAUUACAGCCCAGGGAUUGAUUUUGUUGGAAGCCAACUUAAAGCAGCAAAUGUAUUUCAAAAUGCACAGCAAGAUAGAAAUCCAGUGAAACAAGAUCAGAUAUUCCACCAGAUCUAACAUAU